CCGGCACUUCCCACCUUCAAAAGUUUAAAAGCAGUGGGCAGCUUGAUCCCAACAAUAAUGAAAGAAACGCCGCCGUAUGUGUCUGUAAUCUUGCUUCUUUGCCUCUUGACUGUCCAAUCGCCGACCAUGUGGAUUGACCGAAAUUUCAUUCUUCUUUUUCUGGCGAGCUAUUGCAUUGGGUUACCGACACUCGAGGGUCCAUGUUCGCCAGCGACGGUGGAGGUCCGAAAAGAAUGGCUGACUGGUAAACACUAUAGGGGCGAGUUGACGCCAGACGCUCGCAUCGACUAUAUCACAGCAGUCGCCUGUAUGAAGCAUAAGCCGCCAGUCCUUCCUUCCGAGCAUUUUCCCGGAGUGCAAAGUCGUUAUGAUGAUUUCGCCGCGACACAUAUCAACUAUACUCUCAAUACCCAUAACAGCGGCAUAUUUCUAUCCUGGCACCGGCAUUUCGUUUGGAUCUGGGAAAAGGCCUUGCGAGAAGAAUGUGGCUACAAGGGUACUCAGCCAUACUGGAACUGGGCGCUCUGGCCCGAUCUAUCAGCAAGCCCACUUUUCGACGGCAGCCCAACAUCUCUCUCAGGCGAUGGCGAAUUCGACCCAACCGAGACCGACGUCGUCUACCCGUAUGACGACGGAAAGACGAUGACCAUUCCCCGGGGCACUGGUGGCGGGUGCCUAAACUCCGGCCCCUUCAUGAAUUGGACCGUGAGGCUUGGGCCGUUCCACAUGAGCGAAGGAUUCCUAGACUCGCUGCGCCCCACCGCCUUUGCAGACAACCCGCGCUGCCUGUCGCGGAGCCUGAACAGCUGGUUGAUCGACCACUUCAACAACCAGGUGGCGGUCGACCGGGUGCUGUCGACACGGACGAUUACCGAGUUUCAGCAGGCGAUGCAGAACUUCCCGUUCAAGAAGGCGUUUACGCUGGGGCCUCAUGAUGCCGGACACCGGUCCCUGGGUAAGGAUAUGGCGGACUUGUUUGCCUCGCCGCAGGACCCGGCUUUCAUGCUGCAUCAUGGGAUGAUGGAUCGCUUAUGGACUAUGUGGCAAAACAUGGAUGAAGCGGGGAGGAGAUAUGCUCUGAAUGGGAGCAGUAGCUCUUUCUACAAGGUCAAUACCCCUCUAGUGACCUUGGAUACGACGGUGGAGUUUGGCGUCCUUGAUCAACCGCGGACACUUGUCGAGUUGAUGAACCCACGAGAUUAUGACUAUUGCUAUCGCUACUCGUAA